AUGCGCAGCAAGUUCAAGGACGAGCACCCUUUCGAGAAGCGCAAGGCCGAGGCCGAGCGCAUCCGCCAAAAGUAUGCGGACCGCAUUCCCGUCAUCUGCGAAAAGGUCGAGAAGAGCGACAUCGCCACCAUCGAUAAGAAGAAGUAUCUUGUGCCUUCGGACCUCACCGUCGGGCAGUUUGUCUAUGUCAUCCGGAAGCGGAUUAAGCUGUCCCCCGAGAAGGCUAUCUUCAUCUUCGUCGACGAGGUUCUGCCCCCCACGGCGGCUCUCAUGAGCAGCAUCUACGAGGAACACAAGGACGAGGACGGCUUCCUCUACAUCACUUACUCCGGCGAGAACACGUUCGGCAGCGCUUGA